CUCUCAUAUACCCAACACACCCUCACAAGCGUUCAUAUCAACGCUCACAAUGGCCUCUCCUUCGCCUCAUGACGAUGGCGAGGCCUUCACCCAAUCCCCAGGCGGGGGUCUCAACUUUGACACCUCUGUCUUUCGAACCUACCUGGCAUCGCUCCUGCCUCCAGUCAUGUCGGCGACCAAGCAGGAGCUUGACCAAGGCCUGUUUGACGACCCGAGCUUUGACGAAAAGGUCCUCCGCUUUGCCUCGGACCAUGCGUGCCAGGUCGUCUAUAUCACAAAGGAGAGAUACCUCGACGUCGACGAGGAUGACCACCCGAUUGCGCGCAUCGGCUACCGCCUCCACCUCCCCCCUACUCCUCCGCACUCGCCCAACGUGCUCUCGACGCUGGCGCUGAUCAAGUCGUCGCCGACGCUCGACUCGCUGGCGCCGAUCGGCCUCCAGCUGCACUUUGUCCAGCUGUCUUCCUCGGCCGCCCCGCUGGCCCUCGGAGAGUUGGGCACGCCGUCUGGCGCGUCGACCAUGGUCGCGACGCCGACGUCCCAGGCGUCGCCGUACGACGGACUGCACUCCCUCGUCCACUGGGGAGUGGCUCCGUGGUUCGACUCGUACGUCGCGUCCAAGGGCUCCGUGCCAGACAGCAACUUGGGGUCCAAGAAGUCGGGCGAGGCGCAGACGGGUAUCCCCGUGACCAAGAAGAAGUUUGCCGAGCUCGAGCUGUCGCUUCUGCACUUGAAGCAGAACGUCGAGAUUCCCGAGGUGCAUUUGUCGGUGCACCCCGCUGUGCGCAAGGCCGUUGCACUGAGCCACUCGACCGGCCAGCGCGUGUCAGUGGACGCGGUGGAGCCGGCCACGCUCCUCGCAGACCCGGCCUUUCUCAACAAGCUGCAGGCCGACGUCAACUCGUGGAUCAAGGAGAUCCAGACGGUCACCAAGCUGUCGCGUGACGUUGCGAGUGGAACGGCGUCGCAGGAGGUCAACUUUUGGCUCAGCAUGGAGCAUGCACUUGAGGGCAUCGAGGGCCAGCUCAAGGGCGAGGAAGUGACGCUGGCGCUCGAGGUUCUCAAGCACGCCAAGCGUUUCCACGCCACUGUUAGUUUCAUCGCCGACACUGGUAUCAAGGAGGCUGCCGACCUAGUCCACAAGUACAACAUCCUCAUGAAGGACUUUCCUCUCGACGAGCUCCUCGCCGCGACCGACCUGGAAAAGGUCCAGGCUGCCGUGGUCCAGAUUUUCAACCACAUCAACAAGAAGCUCAAGUUAUCCCCCUACCCCGUCCGCCGAGGUCUCUUGCUCGUCGAGGCCAUCUCCAAGGACUUUAACGACCAGCUCAUGCGCAUCCUCGGUGCCCAGCGCCUCAUGUACAUGGACUAUGGCAAGUUUGAGCAAGUCAUGAGCGUGACGACGGAUCUGUUCGUCAGCUGGGACGAGCUGUCCAAGGACUACACCAACGUGGCACGGGAGGUCACCCGCAAGCGCGCCGAAAAGUUCAUCUCGAUCAAGGUCAACCCCGCGCACCUCAAGCUCGAGGAGCGCAUCAAGUACCUCCGCAACUUUCGCCGUUCGCACGAGCAGCUGCGUGUCAUGACGAGCUCUACCCGCAGUUUUAGCGGCCUCGGAAACGACGUGCCCUUUGACAUUGACAUGGAGGAGGAGGUCCGUCUCAGCUACGAGAGCGUGAAGAAUGUCGACGUGCUCGACGUUAGCGUUGAGGGAUCAGAGAUCUGGUAUGCCGCCGAGGUCGCAUACAACGACCGCGUCGCGCGUAUCGAGAACCAGAUCAUUACCCGUCUCCGUGACAAGCUCGCCACGACCAAGACGGCUCAGGAGAUGUUCCGCGUCUUCUCCAAAUUCAACACUCUGUUUGUCCGCCCCAAGAUUCGUGGAGCCAUCCAAGAGUACCAGACCCGCCUGAUCGACUCGGUCAAGGACGACAUUCGCGAGCUUCGCCAAAAGUUUACCGCCAACUACAGGCAGUCGCAGGCGUGCCACAUGUCCCAGCUUCGCGACUUCCCCUCGGUCUCGAGUGCCAUCAUCUGGGCCCGCCAGAUUGAGCGUCAGCUCCUGACGUACAUGAAGCGUGUCGAGGACGUCCUUGGCAAGGGCUGGGAGAGCUAUGCCGAAGGCCAGCGAUUGCAGGUCGAGAGCACGUCGUUCCGCGCCAAGCUCGACACACGGCCGCUGUACGACGCGUGGAUCCAGGACAUUACGCGCCGUGGCAACCUAACCGUCUCUGGUCGACUUUUCGACAUUGGCAGGACGCGCGCAACCGUGGCCAACGCCCAGGGCCAGCUGCAGCUUACGGUGCAGUUUGACCCCCAGGUCGUAGCCCUAUUCAAGGAGGUUCGAGCGCUCUUGUGGUUGGGCUUCCCGGUGCCCCUCACCAUCACCCACAAGGCCAAGGACGCCAAGCGCGUGUACCCCCAUGCGGUCAGCUUGAUGGAAUCGGUCAGGACGUACACGCAGACCCUCGACCUCAUCGAUCAGAACCAGGACAUUGCGAUCCUGCUCGCCAGUUACCGCAACCACGCCCAGCAGAUGAUCAGCCGGGGUAUCAACAUGCAGUGGGACCAUCUCGUCAACGCCUACGAGAGCCACCGGUUCCUGUCUGUCGGCGAUGGUCGCGAGAGCCGCCACUUUGUCUACGUCCGCGAGUUUGCCAGCGUCGUGUCGGUUCUCCAGGACAAGGCGACGAGCCUAAUCGACACGUCCAACGACAUUUCGCGUGUUGUUGAGGAGCUGGGCACAUGUGACUACACGGUUGAUGCGUUUGCUGGCCUCCUGAACCAGAUCCAAAAGACGAUCGAUCAGCUCAAUCUCGAGGGUUACAGCAACCUCGACGCUUGGGUCGCUAGCCUCAACGAGAAGAUCGACGCCGUACUCAGUCGCCGCCUUGCCGAGGCCAUCGACACUUGGUGCCGCGAGUUUACCAAGGCAGACCAGGAGGAGGAUAUGGACACGGAGCCCGCUGCGUCCGAGGCGGCCAAGACUUCCAACCUCGCCAUCAAGCCCUUGGUGCACGAAGUUCGCAUUCGAAACCAGGUUAUCUACCUUGACCCUCCCAUCGAGCUUGCGCGCCAAGAGUGGCUCUCGCAGUUCCAGGAGGCCCUGGGCGUUGUGUGCAACCUCAACCGUAUCAGGAGCUCCCGGUACGAGAUCAGCCUUCAGGUUGACGAGGCGACCGCCGAGGAGACGUCGUACAUUGGACUCCUCACCUCAUCGGCUGGCCUUCCCCUCGAGAAACCUCUCUCUAUUAUCGAGCGCAAGGUUCAGACUGUCAGCGAGUACGUCGACAAGUGGCUUCAGUUCCAGUCACUCUGGGACCUUGAAGCCGAGUUUGUGUACAACCGCCUCGGCGACUCUCUGGCAGACUGGGGACAGCUACUCUCGGACAUUCGCCAGGCCCGCUCCACCUUUGACACGACAGACACGCGCAAGGACUUUUACGUCUGUGUGAUCGACUAUGCCAAUGCCCAGAGCAAGGUUAAUGCAAAGUACGAUGCUUGGCAGCGCGAGCUGUUGGCCAAGUACGGCUCCAAGCUCGGCACGUCGAUGAAGGAGGUGUACGCUGCCAUUCUCAAGGCCCGUACCGACCUCGAGACCCAGUUGAUUGAGGGCUCUUCUACUGCCCAGGUCGUCUCGUUCAUCACCUUUGUCCAGGACCUCAAGCGCAAGGUUGAGCUUUGGGGACCGCAGAUUGAACAGUUUGCCGCUGGACAAAAGACUUUGGAGCGUCAGCGCUACACCUUCCCAUCCGACUGGCUCUAUGUCGACUUGAUCCAGGGCGAGUGGGGCGCCUUUUCCGAGCUCCUCAAGCGCAAGGACGACUCGAUCAAGGAGCAGGUGGCGGGCCUCCAACUCAAGAUUGUCGCCGAGGACAAGAUUCUUGACGGCCGCAUACGCGACUUCAUCUCGGACUGGGAGAACCACAAGCCUCUCCAGGGCAAUAUCAAGGCUGAUGUGGCGACCAACACGCUCAAUGUGUACGAGACGCGUCUCAACCAGGUACAGGACGAGUAUGACCUUGUCGCACGUGCCAAGGAGGCUCUCAACCUCGAGCACAUCAGGGACGAGCGACUCAAGCCUGUCACUGAAGAGCUUCGCGAUCUCAAGGCGGUUUGGACGGCCCUCACUGGCGUCUGGGGUCGUCUCGGCUCGCUUCGUGAGACACUCUGGUCGACAGUGCAGCCUCGCAAGCUUCGCCAGGAGCUCGACAGUAUUCUCGCUUCAACCCGCGACAUGCCCAGCCGCAUGCGCCAGUAUGCUGCGUUCGAGUAUGUCCAGGAAACGAUCCGCUCGCUUCUCAAGGUUAACAGCUUGGUUGGCGAGCUCAAGUCGGAGGCACUGCGUGAGCGCCACUGGUCCAAGCUGUACCAGUCGCUCCGCCUGCCGUCGGGCUACCAGGCCUUGUCCAUGACUCUUGGACAGGUGUACGACCUCGACCUGCAAAAGAACAAUGCGUUGUUCAAGGAGAUUGCUAUCCAGGCGCAGGGCGAAAUGGCCCUCGAAGAGUUCCUCAAGCAGGUCCGCGAGACAUGGACGUCCUACUCGCUCGACCUGGUCAACUAUCAGAACAAGUGCCGCCUGAUCCGUGGCUGGGACGACCUGUUCAGCAAGUGCAGCGAGCAUCUCAACUCGCUUCAGGCCAUGAAGCUGUCGCCGUACUACCGCGUCUUUGAGGAGGAGGCCGCGUCUUGGGAGGAGAAGCUCAACCGUGUGCAUGUCCUGUUCGACGUCUGGAUCGACGUCCAGCGUCAAUGGGUCUACCUCGAAGGCAUCUUUACCGGCAGCGUCGACAUCAAGCACCUCCUUCCAGUCGAGAGCUCGCGCUUCACCAACAUCAACUCGGAGUUCUUGUCGGUUAUGAAGAAGGUCUACAAGUCGCCAUUUGUCCUCGACGUGCUCAACAUUCCCGGUAUCCAAAAGAACCUCGAGCGUCUGGCCGACCUCCUCACCAAGAUUCAAAAGGCCCUCGGUGAAUACCUCGAAAAGGAGCGUUCGUCGUUCCCCCGCUUCUACUUUGUUGGUGACGAAGACCUGCUCGAGAUUAUCGGCAACAGCAAGGACAUUCACCGCGUCAUGAAGCAUCUGAAGAAGAUGUUUGCGGGUAUUUCCGUCCUCCACCUCGACGAGGAUGCGACCAUGAUUCAAGCCUUUGCCUCGCGCGAAGGCGAGGAGGUCGCAUUCCGCUCGCCCAUCGUUCUCAAAGACUACCCCAAGAUCAACGACUGGCUGGCAAAGAUCGAGUCAGAGAUGCGCCUCUCGCUUGCUACGCUUCUGUUCCAGGCCGUCAAGGACUUGCGCUCAGUGUUCCGGGUUGACGGUGACCUUUCUCCCGAAGAGCUGCUGGACUGGGUGGGCUCGUACCCUGCCCAGCUUGUCGUCUUGGCAGUUCAGAUCGCCUGGACAGACCUGGUGGAAACGUCGAUUGCGGGCAACUCGCUCAAGAGCGCCCUCGACCUCGUCUCCCGCAUGCUCGACCUCCUGGCCGACACUGUACUCCAGGACAUUCCUUUACUGCAGCGCAGGAAGUGCGAGCAUCUCAUCACCGAGCUGGUCCACCAGCGUGACGCCAUUCGCGCGCUCACCAACGCCGGCGUCACUAGCACCAACAACUUUGACUGGCUCUACUAUAUGCGCUUCUACCUCAACGAGUCUGUCGAGGACCCGCUCAAGCGCUUGGAGGUCCGCAUGGCCGACGCCGUCUUCCCCUAUGGCUACGAGUACCUUGGCAUCCCCGACCGUCUGGUCCAGACGCCGCUCACCGACCGAUGCUACCUGACUCUUACUCAGGCCCUCGACAACCAGCUUGGUGGCUCGCCCUUUGGCCCGGCCGGUACCGGCAAGACCGAGUCGGUCAAGUCACUCGGUGUACAGCUCGGCCGCUUCGUCCUCGUCUUCUGCUGUGACGAGACAUUCGACUUCCAGGCCAUGGGCCGUAUCUUUAUCGGUCUGUGCCAGGUCGGCGCUUGGGGCUGCUUUGACGAGUUCAACCGUCUCGAGGAGCGCAUCCUUUCGGCAGUGUCGCAGCAGGUCCAGAGCAUCCAGCAGGGUCUUGCUCAGGCCGUCUCUGACCCCAACGUCGAGGUCGAGCUCGUCGGCAAGAGGCUCAAGAUCAACCCGCGUACAGGCAUCUUCAUCACGAUGAACCCUGGCUACGCUGGUCGAUCCAACCUUCCCGACAACUUGAAGAAGCUGUUCCGAAGCAUGGCCAUGACACGCCCCGACCAAGAGCUCAUCGCCCAGGUGCUACUCUUCUCCAAGGGCUUCCGCACGGCCGAGGUCCUUGCUUCCAAGGUCGUACCCUUCUUCAACCUCUGUUCUGAACAGCUGUCUGCUCAGCCCCACUACGACUUUGGUCUGCGUGCGCUCAAGGCGGUGCUGGCGAGUGCCGGUAUUCUCAAGCGCGACCGACACCUGCAGGAUACCGAGGACAAGACGGCGGAUGAGGUUGCCGAGCAGCAGAUUAUGAUCCAGAGUGUCGUCGAGACGAUUGUGCCAAAGCUCGUGGCCGACGAUGUGCCGCUGCUCCGAGCCCUCGUCGAGGACGUCUUCCCUGGUGUCGAGUACCGCCCCGUCGACCUCGGUGUCCUGCGCACCAAGAUUGCCGAGAUCUGCGCCGAGCGCCGCCUGGUCGUUGGCGACGCCUGGCUCGACAAGGUCAUCCAGCUGUACCAAAUUCAGAACAUUUCGCACGGCCUGAUGAUGGUCGGUCCCUCGGGCUCGGGCAAGUCGCAGGCUUGGCAGGUGCUCCUUGCGGCCCUGGAGCGCGUCGACGGCGUCGAGGGCGCCUCGUAUGUCAUUGACCCCAAGGCUAUUGACAAGGAGGCACUGUACGGCUCUCUCGACUCGACCACCCGCGAGUGGAACGACGGUCUGUUCACCCACAUCCUCCGCAAGAUUGUGGACAAUGUCCGUGGCGAGACGUCCAAGCGUCACUGGAUCAUCUUUGACGGCGACGUUGACCCCGAGUGGGUUGAGAACCUCAACAGUGUGCUCGACGACAACAAGCUCCUCACGCUGCCCAAUGGUGAACGUCUCAACCUGCCGCCCAACGUCCGUGUCAUGUUCGAGGUUGAGCACCUGCGCUACGCUACGCUCGCCACCGUCAGUCGCUGUGGCAUGAUCUGGUUCUCGGAGGAAGUCAUCACUGUCGACAUGCUCUGCAAGCACCUUCUCAACACCUUGGCCAACGUGGCCAUUAGUGCUGCCGACGACGACGCGCUCGACUUUGGCGCCGACUUUGCUGCCCAGCAGAUGGAGACUCAGCGCCACAUUGUGUCCAUCCUAGAGCCGCACUUUGGCCCCGAUGGCGUUGUCCGUGUGGCCCUCGACUUUGCGGAGAAGUCGGAGCACAUUAUGGACUUUACCGCCACUCGUGCCCUCAACACGCUCUUCUCGUUGCUCAAGGCCACCAUUCGUCACGUCAUCGAGUACAAUGUCCGCCACAGCGAUUUCCUCUUGGCCACGGACAAGGUCGAGACAUAUGUCAAGCGCCGACUGCUCCUCAAUGUCAUUUGGUCGUUUGUCGGUGACAGCCGCCUCGAGGUCCGAGACGAGCUCGGCGAGCUCCUCCGCGUGUCGUCUGGCAUCGAGACUCCUUCUGCUGGAGGCUCGCUCAUCGACUAUGAUGUCAACGUCGCCAACGCCGAGUGGGUGUCGUGGCAGUCGCGGGUUCCUACCAUCGAGGUCGAGACGCAUGCCAUUACCUCGCCCGACGUGGUCAUCCCAACCAUCGACACUAUUCGGCACGAAGAGGUCCUUUACAGCUGGCUGGCCGAGCACAAGCCGCUCAUCCUCUGUGGUCCUCCUGGUUCGGGUAAGACCAUGACCCUGUUCAGUGCCCUGCGCAAGCUCAGCAACCUCGAGGUCAUUGGUCUCAACUUUUCGAGUGCCACGACGCCAGAGCUCAUCCUCAAGACGUUUGAGCAGUACUGCGAGUACCGCAAGACGCCGAAUGGUGUGGUGCUCGCGCCGACGCAGAUUGGCCGCUGGCUCGUGGUGUUCUGCGACGAGAUCAACCUGCCUGCGCUCGACAAGUACGGCACCCAGCGCGUCAUCUCUUUCAUCCGCCAGCUCAUGGAGCGCGGUGGGUUUUGGCGCACGUCCGACCUCCCGUGGGUCAGCCUCGAGCGUAUCCAGUUUGUGGGUGCGUGUAACCCGCCGACCGACCCGGGACGUGUGCCCCUCAGCCACCGUUUCAUGCGUCACGCGCCGGUCGUCAUGGUCGACUACCCCGGCGAGAUCUCGCUCAAGCAAAUCUACGGUACCUUCAACCGCGCCUUGCUCAAGGUCACGCCCAACCUCCGUGGCAGCGCCGAGGCGCUCACCGACGCCAUGGUUGCGUUCUACCUCGCCUCGCAACGACGCUUCACUGCGGAUGUCCAGGCUCACUACAUUUACAGUCCCCGUGAGCUCACCCGCUGGGCACGUGGUAUCUACGAGGCCAUCAAGCCUCUGGAGACGCUUUCGCUCGAAGGCCUGGUGCGCGUGUGGGCCCACGAAGGUCUGCGCCUCUUCCAGGACCGUCUCGUCAACGAAUCGGAGAAGAAGUGGACCGACGACACGCUCGACGAGACUGCCACCACCCACUUCCCCAACGCCAACAUCUCCGAGGCCCUCGUCAGACCCAUCCUGUUCUCCAACUGGACGUCAAAGAACUACAUCCCCGUGGACCGCGAGCAGCUCCGCGAGUACACCAAGGCGCGUCUCAAGGUCUUCCACGAGGAGGAGCUCGACGUGCCGCUGGUUCUGUUCAACGACGUGCUCGACCACGUCCUGCGUAUCGAUCGUGUCUUCCGCCAGAUCCAGGGCCACUUGCUCCUCAUUGGUGUCAGUGGCAGUGGCAAGACGACGCUGUCUCGCUUUGUCGCUUGGAUGAACGGCCUCAGCAUCUUCCAGAUCAAGGUGUCCAACAAGUACAGCGGUGCCGACUUUGACGACGACCUGCGUACGGUGCUGCGUCGUGCAGGCUGCAAGGGCGAGAAGAUUUGCUUCAUCAUGGACGAGUCGAACGUUCUCGACGCCGGUUUCCUCGAGCGCAUGAACACGCUUCUUGCCAACGCCGAGGUCCCCGGUCUGUUCGAGGGCGACGAGCACGCCGCCCUCAUGACGGCAUGCAAGGAGGGCUCGCAGCGCGAUGGCCUCAUGCUCGACUCGCACGAGGAGCUGUACCGCUGGUUCACCAACCAGGUCGCCCGCAACUUGCACGUCGUGUUCACCAUGAACCCGCCGGCCAACGGUCUCGCCUCGCGCGCCGCGACGUCGCCGGCUUUGUUCAACCGUUGUGUGCUCGACUGGUUUGGCGACUGGUCGGACCAGGCUCUCUACCAAGUUGGCCUCGAGUUUACGCAGACACUGGAUCUCGACGCGGCGUCGUACCAGCCUCCAGGUGGCUUCCCCAUCGCCUACCGCGACCUGCCGCUGCCCCCUUCGCAUCGCCAGGCUGUCAUCAACGCAAUGGUCAGCGUGCACCAGUCGAUGCAGACUCUCACUGCCAAGCUCGCCAAGCGCCAGGGCAAGUACAACCACAUUACGCCUCGCCACUUCCUCGACUUUAUCAACCACUAUGUCCGCCUGUUUACGGAGAAGAAGGAGGACCUCGAGGAGCAGCAGCGCCACCUCAACGUUGGUCUCGACAAGCUCCGCACCACUGUUCACCAGGUCGAGGAGCUGCGCAAGAGCCUCGCGGCCAAGCGCGGUCAACUCGAGGCCAAGAAUGCCGAAGCCAACCUCAAGCUCAAGCAGAUGGUUGCUGAUCAGCAGGAGGCCGAGGCCAAGAAGGCUGCGUCGGUGGAGAUUCAGGCGGCGCUCGAGGAGCAAGACGCGUACAUUCAGCAGCGAUCUCAGAUUGUCAAGGAGGAUCUGGCCCAGGCUGAGCCUGCCGUUCUCGAAGCCCAGGUUGCAGUCGGCAACAUUAAGAAGCAGCACCUGUCCGAGGUUCGCUCCAUGGCCAACCCUCCCGAGGCGGUCAAGCUUGCCAUGGAAUCCGCCUGCUCGGUGCUUGGACACCAGGUUGACAGCUGGAAGAAUGUCCAGACGAUUAUCCGCCGCGACGACUUCAUUUCCAGCAUUCAGCACUUUAGCACUGAGAAGAUGACCAAGGGUCUCCGCGACCGCAUGAUGCGCGACUACAUCAACAAGCCGGCCUUCAACUUUGAGACGGUCAACCGCGCCUCGCGCGCAUGUGGUCCUCUUGUGCAGUGGGUCAUUGCCCAGGUGCGCUACUCGGAGAUCCUCGACAAGGUCGCGCCACUUCGUGAAGAGGUUGCCUCGCUCGAGCGCCAGGCCGAGGAGACCAAGGCUCAGGCCGAGAUGGUCGAGGAGACGGUUGCUGGACUCGAGGAGAGUAUUGCUCGCUACAAGGAAGAGUACGCUCUGCUCAUCAGCGAGACGCAAGCCAUCAAGAGCGAAAUGGACCGCGUCCAAAGCAAGGUUGACAGGAGCAUGACGCUGCUUCAGAGCCUGUCGUCGGAGCAGUCUCGUUGGGACGCUGGCAGCAAGACCUUUGAGACGGAAAUGGGUACGAUCGUCGGCGACGUUCUCAUCUCGGCGGCCUUCCUGGCCUACUCUGGCUUCUUUGACCAGCACUACCGCGACAUGAUGCGCCGGACGUGGAUGGAGCACUUGUCCGAGGCCGAGAUUCGGUACAAGGGAGAGCUUGCCCUCGCCGAGUUCUUGUCCACGGCCGACGAGCGCCUGGCGUGGCAGUCGAAUGCUCUCCCUGCGGACAGCCUCUGCGUGGAGAACGCCGUCAUGCUCAAGCGCUACAACCGCUACCCACUCAUCAUCGACCCGACGGGACAGGCAACCACCUUCCUGCGCAACGAGUACAAGGACCGCAAGAUUACUGUUACCAGUUUCCUCGACGAGGCGUUCCUCAAGAACCUGGAAAGUGCCUUGCGUUUCGGCAAUGCGCUGCUCAUCCAAGACGUCGAAAACCUCGACCCCAUUCUCAACUCGGUGCUCAACCGCGAGCUUCGUCGUACCGGUGGCCGUGUACUCAUUCGUAUCGGAAACCAGGACAUUGACUUUUCGCCGUCGUUCACCAUGUUCCUGUCGACCCGCGACCCGUCGGUCGAGUUCUCGCCCGACAUUUGCAGUCGCGUCACGUUUGUCAACUUUACCAUGACUCGUGGUAGUCUGCAGACCCAGGCACUGGACAAGGUCCUCAAGGUUGAGCGUCCCGAGAUUGACCAGAAGAGGACGGAUCUCAUGAAGCUCCAGGGCGAGUUCCGUCUUCGCUUACGCCACCUCGAGCGCUCGCUGUUGCAGGCACUCAACGAGUCGACUGGCAGCAUCCUCGACGACGACAAGGUUAUCGAGACUCUCGAGGUGCUCAAGAAGGAGGCCGCCGAGGUCACCCGCAAGGUCGAGGAUACCGACGUGAUCAUGAAGGAGGUCGAGGCGGUCACGACAGAGUACAUGCCGCUGGCUUCGGCGUGCAGCACCAUCUACUUUGCCCUGGAGCAGCUGGCUUCGAUCAGCCACUUUUACCAGUUCUCGCUUGAAUACUUCCUCGACAUUUUCGACUAUGUCUUGCUCCACGACCCCAACCUCAAGGGCGUCACGGACGUGGAUGCGCGCAAGGCGACUUUACUCAACGAUCUGUUCCUGGUCACGUACAAGCGGACCUCGUCGUCGCUGCUGCACGCCGACUACAUGGUGCUUGCUACGACCCUUGCCAAGCUGCGUCUCCAGCGCGCCGAGCUGGGUGCCGCGGUUCACGACGAGCUCGAUGCUGUUCUCGACGUGCCGUCGGCUGGCCAAGAUAUUACCGAGGCGCACCUGGCGUCCGACCAGCGCCGCGCGCUCGAGAGCCACCUCGGCCGCGACGUUACGCAGGAGCUUGAAGACAACCUGGCCAACAACUCGUCCGAGUGGAACAACUUCUUGGUGGUGCAGAGCCCUGAAAAGUCUGUGCCAUGGCCAUGGGCUCCAGCGGACAACAUUAUUACCGCCGCACGACGCCUUCUCCUGGUCAAGAUCUUCCGCCCCGACCGCAUCCUCCAGGCUCUCGGCGACUUUGCCGACAUUGCCUUUGGCACCGACCUGGCUUCGCAGACCGAGCACGACUUGGCUACGAUUGUCCAGGACCAGGUCAAGGCGACCAACCCCGUGGCGCUGGCCUCGGUCCCCGGCCACGACGCCAGCUACCGCGUCGAGAACCUCUGCAGGUCGGUCGGCGCGACCUGCACGUCGGUUGCAAUGGGCUCGGUGGAAGGCUUCAGCCUCGCCGACCAGGCGAUCGCCAACGCGGCGCGCACUGGAACAUGGGUGUUGUUGAAGAAUGUGCAUCUCGCGCCUGGCUGGCUCGCCCAGCUGGGCAAGAGGCUGCACAGUUUGUCGCCCAACCGCGGUUUCCGUCUGUUCUUGACCAUGGAGACCAACCCUGUCAUCCCGGUCAACAUCUUGCGCCAGUCGCGAGUCAUCAUGAACGAGCCACCUCCCGGUGUCCGUGCCAACCUUCUCGACACGCUGCGCAGUCUUCCUUCUGCCCGCGUCAACACGGGCCCGGCCGAGAAGCCCCGUCUGCUCUUCCUCCUCGCGUGGCUCCACGCGGUCGUCCAGGAGCGUCUCCGCUACCUGCCCCUCGGCUGGUCCAAGAGCUACGAGUUUAACGACUCGGACUUUGACGCCGCGUUCAAGACUAUCGACGCGUGGAUUAAUGACCUGGCCAAGGGCAAGGCCAACGUUGACCCGGCCAAGAUUCCAUGGGUCGCGCUGCGUACACUGCUCAAGGAGGCGAUCUACGGAGGCCGCAUCGACUCGGACUAUGACCAGCGUGUGCUGGACGCGUUUGUCGACUCGGUCUUUACGGUCCGCGCGUACGACCCCGACUUUGCGCUCGUGCACCUCGACAAGCGCCCGUUGCUUGUUCCCGAGGGCACGCAGAUGCAGCAGUUCAUCGCCUGGGCACAGGCACUGCCAGAGCAUGAGCCGCCGUCGUGGCUCAGCUUGCCCGACACUGCUGAACGGGUCAUUGCCGCUGCCCAGGGUGGCACAGCAAUGGUCAAGCUUCGCAAGAUGCGUACGACGGAAGAUGACGAGGAUGAGGCGAGUCCUGCGGCGGCUGCCAAUGAUGGCAGGCCGGCCUGGAUGUCGACGGUCAAGACGAAUGCUGAAGAGUGGCUGUCUGCUCUGCCCCAGUCCCUCUCAACCAUUACCGACGUUACCGACCCCCUGUCGCGAUUCUUUGGCCGCGAGGUGUGGACUGGUCGCCGUCUGCUGCAGCGUGUUCGCAAGGACCUCUCCGACCUGGUGCUCGUGUGCGAUGGCACCACCAAGCAGACCAACGAGCUGCGCGCACUCCUCACCGACCUCAACCGUGGGACUGUUCCUGCGCACUGGGCCAAGUUCAAGAUGCCUCGUGGGUCGUCUGUCGGCCAGUACAUCUCGGACCUCGCGUCGAGGUUGGCUCAACUCGAGACCAUUGCCACCAAGGGCGUCAACGACGACAUUUGGCUCGGCAAGCUGUUCCGCCCCGAGGCGUACAUUACCGCUACGCGCCAGGCGGCGGCACACGCCCAGGGCUGGUCACUCGAGCAGCUGGUUCUCAGCCUGCAUAUCGAGAAGCAGUCGGCGGCCGGUGGCUUUACAAUUGCUGGUCUGAAACUGCACGGCGCGUCUUGGGCAGACGAUAAGGUCAAAGUCAAUGAGGGCCAGACUGCUGCGCUUGGACCAUCGCAGCUGGUGUGGAGCAAGCGCGACGACGAGGGCAGUGGCAGCGGCGCAACGGUCAACCUGCCCGUGUAUCUGAACAACGACCGAUCGGAGGUUUUGUUCAGCGCGGAUUUGGUGGCUGACGUGCAAGCGGCGACUGCGGCCGAGCGCGGUGUGUGUGUUACUGCGGUGUAGUGGGGGGACGGGCUUUUGGUAGCAUGCAGUGUAGAGGGG